GGGAGUGGAGAAAAUGUUCCAAACCCUCCAAUUCAUUUAGUGAGGAAACAUGACCUUCAGCCUCUUCUUUGGUGCAGUGAAUAAAAGAUGGUCCUGCAGUCUGGGCCUCUGACGGCUGUAUAAAUACAUGUAUGUAUGAGGAAGCAGCAGUUGCACUGGGCACAGCAAGCAAAACCAGUGGCCUCGUGGAUGCUCUGGGUUUUCUGAAAUUCCAGGAAAUUAUCACACACACCUGCCAUGAAGCUGGCAACUGUCUUCUUAUUGGUGGCCAUCAGCGUUUGUAGUUACUCUGAACUUUGUCUGUAGUAUUAUCAUGCUGUGUGCUGCAGGGCGGCAUACAGAUUCAUGUGGUCGACCAGACAAGCUACUGCCUUCCUCAUCAACAGGCUGCCCCUUCCUGUUAACAAAGUGUUGCCUCUGGAUGUUCUCUCCUUAUUGGACCCAUUAAAGCGUCUUCUGCAAACCCUGGGCAUUUCUGUUGAGCACCUUGUGGAAGGGCUAAGGAAGUGUGUGAAUGAGCUGGGGCCUGAGGCUUCUGAAGCUGUGAAAAAACUGCUGGAAGCCCUGUCACACUUGGUGUGACAUCAGGAUAAAGACAGAAUGCAGGAGAAAGUGGAAGGAGCACGAUGUCCCCACCUCCCGCAGCUGCCACUCGUCCACUCGGACAGAGAGUCAAUGUCCUAAUGUGUUGUGUUCCUGAAGAGAAUGAGUAAAACAAUGAAUAAAUUUUCA